UCGGCUCGGAGUGAACGUGGUUCGAGAGGUUCAAGCACAGUCGCAUGGCCUGUCCACCGUAACCCGGAGAGACUUUUCACCCACAUGGAGCUGGCUUCAUGGCGCAACAAAACGGUCGUGCACGUGUUGGCCCGUACGGGUUUGAGUGGCCGGAGGACUUUGACUAUGCAAGCUACGACGAGUUCCAGGAGAACUACCACACGGUUCUGGCCAAGAGGCUCAAGAAGUGGGAGCACCUGCUGCGCCGACCGAGGCCCAUCAAGAGGAGCAGGCAGCUGAAACGCUAUGUGAGGAAAGGCAUUCCACAGGGCCACAGGAAACAGGUGUGGAUGGUGCUCAGUGGGGCGGCGGCACUGCAGGCUCAAAAUCAGAGCCAGUACAAGUCUCUGCUUCAAUCGACGCUCCAGGAGGAUCUUGUGGAGACCAUCCAGAUUGACGUACCCCGUACGUUCCCGGACAACAUCUACUUCCACAACGGGACGGACGGCAAGCAGGUGCCCCUCUUCAACGUGCUGGUGGCACACGCCCACUUGGACCAAGGCGUUGGGUACUGCCAGGGCCUCAACUUCAUAGCGGGCCUUCUGCUGCUGACGACGGAGGACGAAGAGGCGACAUUCUGGCUGCUACGGGUGUUGGUGAAGCACCUGCUUCCGGACUACUACACCCGGGACAUGAUCGGCCUCCUCACGGACAUCGAGGUGCUCUCCGAGCUUGUGAGGGAGAGGAUGCCGCUGGUGCACGCUCACUUGCGGAAGAACGACGUGUCCUGGGCCAUUGUGACCACCAAGUGGUUCAUCUGCCUCUUUGCCGAGGUCCUGCCGAUCGAGACGGUGCUUCGCAUCUGGGACUGCUUGUUUUCGGAGGGCUCUAAGGUGCUCUUCCGGGUGGCCCUGACCCUCGUGGCCAAGAACCAGCAGCAGAUACUGGAUGCCCCGGGCUUCGCAGAGAUCACGGCCGUCUUCAAAGACAUGGUGUCUGGCAGCGUGGUCACGGACUGCCACGCCUUCAUGCUGGCAAUCUUCCGGGAACCCAAGCGCUUGAAGCGCGCUCACAUCGAAGAGCUGCGGACAACGUGCAGAGCGAAAGUGGAACAGGAGCAGAAGCUCCUUCGUGCCUCCAGAUGACCUCGAGUGACAAGCAACCCUCCUGGCGAACCGCGUCUAGUCGACCAAGGUCCGCGCCGCGUCUUCCUCGCUCGUCCGUCGACUCGGGUCGCUCCACAGUUGUCCGCAGAAACAAAUCCAGCGCUUCUCCACAGCGGUGGCCGAGAAUCACGACGCACAAAUGCAAACAAACGUGGUGGACUGCCUCUGGCAAUCCGACCUUUGCAGCCUUGGUGUCGGGUUGCAUGAACCAACGUCGUAGUUGCCACUCUCGUCUCUUGCCUUUCCAAUUGCAAAAGUCUGGCUAUUACGAGCCUCGGCGUGCGAGAGAUUUUUUGUGAUGUUGGUGUUCUCUGUCACUUUAGACGUCUUUUGUCUGGGCCAUGAAGUCGAGAGUUGUACGGAGUGGUGACAUGAUGUUGAGAACCGCUCGCUUUGACUUUGAACUGUUCCAGUUUGUCCCUGUUGAAAUUUUGCAGUUCUGACGUUGGAGCUGGAUUGACAAAUUCACACUCUGUGUAACCUGUGUAGCACUUGUAACUAAGGUCGAUAAAAGGCACUUGUAAUUAAGGUCCACGAAAGAAUUUGUGACAAUGAAAAAAAUAGAGACAAGUUAGUCCGGUUGCACGAGUUCGCCAAUGAGUGGUGCACCUGUAACUAAGGCCUGUGAAAGGUCCUUGUGAUUAAGGUUUAUGUAAGAGUUUAGAGCGAUGAAGAAAUAGGGACAUGCUAGUCGGGUCGCGUGAGUUUACCAAUAAGUGGACGCGCAAGGGUGUUCCGAAAGAAUUUGAGGGAAGCACAUUACUUGUGGUUUUGUGGCUGGCACGCUAUUCGUUACUGGCUGCAAGCUGAGAGUGCUGGCCAUGGGCGGCCAAACUUCGCAAGAGUGCGUCGUCUUCCAAGCGCGCAGUGGAGCGUUGCCUGGAUGAUUUGAAGACCGAACUCUAAUCGCUCAGAAUCGCUACAUAUACUUUGUUAUUUCCCGAAAGGUGUAGUUCCGGCAGUUUGGUAACCUUGACGUCUGCUUGUCCUUUGUUUACAUACUUGGGACAAUCAUGAAUUCAAUCGUUUCACUAGUUUGUAGAUGCACACUGGGUGAAUUGUUUUGAUAGAAUUUGACACUGAGACAAUACAGAAACUUUUCUACGGGACUUUUAUAUUUCUGGAGCGGUAUGAGCUGGAAAGUUUUCUAAAGUGUCCAAUCUUUUUCACAAUGUCUGCUUUCUGUAGUUCAAUGCACGAGUUUGACAUUGAUCCGACUUCCUCCUAGUGAUGACUGUUUUCUAAAUUCCUUAAGUAUAAUUCUAGAUUUUUAGUUUAAAGGUGAAUUUGUGUUAUGGCUUUUAUUUGAGUGUUUUAAUUCCCACACAUUAAACUGCAGUCCAAGUGAAGCUAAAGGUCGUAAUUCGUGGUGAGCGUGAAAAAUGUAGUCGUGCUAUUACCCUAUUAUGCAGUACUAUAAUCUGCCUGCAAUAUUUGAAAUCAAGUUUUUAUUUUAUUUUUGAAUUCUUGGUUUCAGCCAUUUUUCAGUCUUUGUUUUAUUAACAGGCCAUGGCUUUUCUUUAUUGUUUAGUUUUUUCUUUAAUGUUGUAGUUUGGUUGAAGAUGUUUGUUAUAAUUAUUUACAAAACCUUAUUGGUGGGCUGAAGCAUCCACAUUUUUUUAUUGUGUUUUGAAGCUGUACAAAAGUUUUAUGCUAAUUGAAAGCAUUUCUUUUUGUAAUAUUGAGCUGGAUUUUUGCACUGGUGAGUAACAAUUGGUAUAUCAUUUAUCAGUCUUGCCCCACUCAGGUUAACUCAAUCCUACCACAUUUUUUCUCGUAAACUGUUUGUUGAACUUCCACUAGUGCCACAAUCUGGGUUCUGCAUUCGAGGCCAACAGUGUUACAAAGUUUUACUCCACGUGUUCACAUACCAGCUAGUAAUAUGAAAGCCAUCUGUCUUUAUUUAUUUCAGAAGUGACGGUUUGAGUUUUAAUCUAAUAAAUUAUAAUUGGCAAGUCUCCUACUUUCAGCUGAAAAGAGCAAAAGUGACUGUUUGAGUUUUAAUUUAAUAAAUUAUAAUUGGCAAGUCUCCUACUUUCAGCUGAAGAGAGCAAAUCAUUUUGAGUGAACUACAGUAAAAUACUGCAGAAGCACCCCCUUUGUUGAAGCACCAACUGCUAACAUCUCCCAAACUUGGGAAUUGUGGAAAUUAUAUGUUAAGCGCCCGAUUUGGCCGGACGAGCGGCCAUUGUCUAAAUUAAUCCAGUUUUCAGUGAAAGUUGGAUGGAUGCUUCCUGGUAUUUUACGGUACAUAUAUGACAUCCUCCCCUGCUACCUAGCAUUGUCUUUUAUUGCUCUUUAUUGAGACAAUUGUUAAAAAAAAAUAAAUACAUUAAUGUCAAUGAUUACCACUGCAUUGGAUGACAAUGCUCAAAUUUUUACCAUGGUAGAGUGUACAUUCUUACAGUCCUGGCUCAUGACUAGAACGGGACCCUUUGGAACAUGGCAUUGUUAUACUCUCAGUAUUUUUGUGUUUCUACACUUGCAAGGUUUGCUUCCCCGUUCCAUUCCUGGUAUGUGUGUUAUGGAGGAACCGGAAGCAAAACCAUGUGUCGCUAUUUCAUGUUCAUGAAGCUAAGGUUUAGGUAGGGUUGUGUGAAUAUUAUAAUUUUCGAGUAAUAUGCUUUUCGAUAUUCGCUCCGACAUGAAGUGCAAUAUUCAUACUUUUUGCAGUGUUGAUCGUGGCAAGCUGGCCUUGUUGAGUGUGCUUCUCACCAAUCACAUGUGCACUGCGGCGAAGCAAUACGCGCAGAGCUCGCGGGUACAUGCUUCUCCGCAGUGCAAAGAUGCUCGACGAGGGAUGUGCUCAACAUGUCUAAUCCGCUGCGAUUAUGCAAGAGUAUGUUAGGCAGCUAUGUCCUGACAACCCAUGCUCAUCAUUCGUGCUUUUUUUUUUUGUGAAAUUUCUAAUUGAAGAAAGAAUAUUUUUGUAUAGCAGGCAGAUUUAUAAAUCCCUUCCAUUAGAAUAGCUGCAAGAAUUUUGUCUCCUAUGUGCCACAAUUCAAAAAUAUUGCUAUAUUAAAAUUACCUGAGCUUAGAAGUGUACAAGUGGAAUGUUGGGAACACCCUUUUACAAGUUCCGCUGAAUUUCCGUCUAGGCAUGGUGCAUGGUAGUGAAAGGCUGGUGAAGAAACUAUUUGAUAUUCGAUCUGAGAAUAUACAGCCAAAACCACUCUUCACUUCGAAUUCGCUUUGAACUCAAAAUCCACUAUUCACACGUGACUAGUUAUUUAAACAUGUAUUUUUGGUUAGCAGCCUUUCUUUUUCUUAAUUACAAUGGUGCUUAAAAGUAAAAAAAGAUGUCAUAAAUAGGCUUGUCUGUUUUUUUCUCUCUGAGUGACAACUGGAGGUGUAUAUAAUUCGCUUUAAGUUUGAUACAAACAAUUCUGGUUUCUUAGACAAUGCAUGGGCAAUAUGGCAAGAGGAGGCAAGAAGUUUUGAACUUUGUUCCUUCUGGAGAUGGGAGGCUGAAUUUUAGGAGAAUGGUCACGGUGCUUGGAAAUCUAAGAUGGGUCUUGGGUUUCUGUGGUAUCUAGUUCUUAAAUUAUUCAGUCACUUCGUCAAUACUACUGUCUGGAAUCACCGUGUAGGCUACAUCUUGUGUUUUAUCUAAAAUGAACCUAAACUCGAAAGGGCUGCAAUUUUCCCAGAUAAUGAUUCCAUACGACAGCUUGCGAAUUGAUAAAAGUGCCAUUGACACCAUCCCUACUAUAUUGUCCUUGCUAGCUUUGAAGUUUGUGGCAAUAGUUGAAUUUCAUGCUACAUUUAUAGCUCUACGAAGGCUCGUGCCACCAUUUUGCCACAUGGCCUUGAUUUUUGUGUGGACUGCUCCGCUGCAGUUGGUUGCGUAUGCUCCAAAUGAUAUAGCUUUACAAUCGGACUUGACAUUGCACUUUGUUAUCAUACACAACCAUUUUAAGAGUAUGGAAUGCUUUAUCUAUUGCCCAAAGAACUUCAUUUUAUGAGACCAUUGUCGAUUGCUCCUCUCCUGUAAUUAUUUGUUUGUUUUACACUUCUACAAGAAGUAGUCAUGUUCCAAACCAUUCCCUUGUGAUGGCAUAGUUCCUGUAGUGUGGACAACUUGAAGGUCGUUUGGCUUAUGAAGUGUUUUACCUUCACUUUGGAUUGCAUCUCUCUCUCCCUCGAAAGAGGAUUUAAUGGCUUUGUUUUUCUACAUCGCUGAAAAUAUUUUUUUUUUUUUCUUUUCUGAUGACCAAAAAUAAACUGAUUUCAGCAUUUGUAUUGGCAGCUCUCGAGUAGUGCACAUACAAUAUUGCAGAAGAACAGAGUUCCUUUUAACUAAACUGUGAUAAAAUAUAUUCAUCUUUUUUUUUUAUUGCUCAGUAAAGCUUUAUACAGUUUGUUUCAAACAUGGGAAGUUGUGUACAAGUGUGUAUACCUUUGACUUGAUUAUACUAGCUUGUUUGAAUAAUAUGCUGCUAUUGUCAACUCUUCCUGAACCGACUUCGAGACUUUUAUUAUUCAAGCAUCGAGUGCCUAACAUUGCCAACGGUCACUGAGAGGACAUAAAUUACAGCUACCUGUUGCAUUUGAGUAGUCCCCAGCACAAAUUUGCCGUCUUAAUGAUGUGUUUACCGUAUGCGUUGUGGGCAACCUGGGGAUCCAAAGCAUUGGACCGGGUGGCCUGCAUGCCAAAAUGUCCUUCCCACCGCGAGGGGCUCCAACUGGUCACGUGAGCGGCGCUCUGCUGCUGAUUAAAGGCCGUCGAGGCGUAUGCUUGGGGCCUCUUGGGAUCAAGGCGCGGGUGAUAACGGUCAAUAAAUGUCCACGUGUUGUUGAACCAGUGCUUUGUGUCAUUCUCCGAGAUGGGUAGCAGCGAGGGAAUUCCUACAGCAUGUGUCAAUGUCUGUCAUACAAUGGGUGCACCAUAAAAGCCAACAAUCUCGUGCUGGAGGCAGACCAAAUGCAAGAAAUUUUCUACACCUUUUGCCAUGCGAGAGGUGCAUAGCUCAGCAUUCUUGUGACAUGCAAAUGUGAAUUGGGGGUGACGGGUCGUGGCCAUUGUGCUUGGUUAGCAGCCUCAAUUAAACCUAAUACUUCUUUUGACCUCGAGACGUGUGUAAGGCCGUAUAAAAAAUAGAAGAAUGUUUGGUGAAGUGCUUUUAUUGACCUCUCCUCGUAGAUAGUGGUUAUUGUGUUUCCAGCACAUGGAUAAAGUGCCUGCAGUUUGAGCACAGCCAACAGUGCCACCUACAGUGAUAGCAUAAUUGUAUGGUGGGGAAUUUUGUCGGUUUAUCACUAGAACUUGGAUGACUGGCUGAUUGUAAAAACUAGUAGAUCCAACUAUUGAAAGUUCUUUCGAGUUGGAUAAAGUUCCUUUACGUGGAAGCUGCUGGGAAGUCGUGCACUGUAACAUAUGGCAUUCUUUUGCAAUUGUUGUGUACUACAAGUCGCACAAAAAAGUAUUGUGUAGCAUCUUGCAAUCAAUGUAACGUGUGAUGGAUCUUGUUUUUUAUGUAACAUUCUGACUGGAAUAAAUGGAGGUUUUGACCAGGUUGACAUUUC